AUGCCGGCCCAGGGGACCGCCUCCCGAGGGAGCCGGCGACGGGCCGCGGGCCGCGGGGCGACGGGGGGAGACGAAAGAUUUUUCCUGAAGUUCUUCCUGAAAUGUAACCAGAAUUGUCUGAAGAAUGCCGGAAAUCCUAGAGAUAUGAGAAGAUUUCAAGUGGUAAUAUCAACUCAAGUCAUGGUGGACGGUCCUCUACUAGCAAUAUCAGACAAUAUGUUUGUCCACAACAACAGCAAGCAUGGCCGGAGGGCAAAACGGCUAGACCCUAGCGAAGGUACAGAUGCCGCGACAGACAAUACUUCAGGUUUAUAUCCACCUCUGCCAGUAGCGACACCGUGCAUCAAGGCCAUAUCACCAAGCGAAGGAUGGACGUCAGGCGGCUCGACAGUAAUCAUAGUUGGAGACAACUUCUUUGACGGACUCCAAGUAGUAUUUGGAACCAUGCUGGUAUGGAGUGAGUUAAUAACAUCGCACGCGAUAAGAGUGCAGACUCCGCCGCGUCACAUACCCGGUGUAGUGGAAGUGACGCUUUCGUACAAGAGCAAGCAGUUCUGUAAAGGGGCGCCAGGAAGAUUUGUUUAUGUUUCAGCGUUGAACGAGCCAACGAUAGAUUACGGCUUCCAGAGGCUACAAAAACUUAUACCAAGACAUCCCGGUGACCCGGAAAAAUUACCAAAGGAAAUAAUUUUAAAACGAGCAGCGGACUUGGCGGAGGCACUGUACUCAAUGCCUCGUAACAACCAAUUGGGGCUUGGCGCGCCUCGAUCACCGCCAGCCAGUAUGCCUUUCAAUUCGUACACAGGACAACUAGCUGUCAGCGUCCAAGACACUGCUGCAUCGCAGUGGACUGAAGAGGAGUACGCGCGUAGCGGUGGCUCGGUAUCGCCGCGGUACUGCUCCGCCGCGUCCACGCCGCACGCCGCGCCCGCCGCCUACCCGCAUCCACAACAUUACCCCGCACCGCCAACCUCACUCUUCAAUACCACGUCACUGUCUCUAGGUCCGUACCAUCCGGCGAACAUGAAUGGACACUUAUCAUCUGACCGUCACUAUAACGCGUAUAAUACGAAAGAUAGCGGACAUUACAGUGAAAGAAAUGGGAACUCUAAAAGCCUGGACGACUGUCCGGUAAACAUUCAUACAAAAUGCACCGACAACGAUAUGAAAGGGGCUCAGAAUAAAGAGACUAAGCUGAGAAGCGCUUUUGCCGUAGUAAGGCAGAGCCCGCCACGCGUUGCCAAUGAGCACCAUCAGAAUUGGCACCACCUCGCCGUCCAGUGAAUGGGUGGUCUUGUAUCUUCACCGUUCAGUGUCAAUCCGUUCUCGCUGCCAACUUGCAGCGCUCAGCAGUACGCUCAAACAGCUCCACUCGCUUCCAAGUAG